AUGGCUAAGAUAGAAGAAAACUUGAGAGACGACAAAUCUAGAUGGAGCCUUGGAGGCAUGACUGCUCUCGUCACAGGUGGCUCGAAAGGCCUCGGGGAAGCUGUGGUGGAGGAACUAGCCAUGUUAGGAGCAAGAGUCCACACAUGUGCCAGAGACGAAACUCAGCUUCAAGAGCGCUUACGUGAGUGGCACGAAAAAGGGUUUCAGGUUUCCAUUUCUGUCUGCGACGUUUCGUCUCGUGACCAGCGAGAGAAGCUCAUGGAAACUGUUUCCACUCUCUUCCAAGGAAAACUCAACAUCCUUGUAAACAAUGCGGGAACGUGUAUAGCAAAGCCAACCACAGAGUAUACAUCACAAGAUUACUCGUUUCUGAUGGCUACAAAUCUCGAGUCCGCUUUUCAUCUCUCACAGCUCGCACAUCCUUUGUUGAAAGCCUCUGGUUCAGGGAGCAUCGUGCUCAUGUCCUCCGCAGCAGGAGUUGUGCAUGUCAAUAUUAGUUCUAUCUAUGCAGCAACUAAAGGAGCUAUGAAUCAGCUAGGAAGAAACUUAGCAUGCGAGUGGGCAAAUGACAAGAUAAGGGUUAACUCUGUCUGUCCAUGGUUCAUUGAUACUCCUUUAGCUAAAGAUUAUCUCGAUGAUGAAGAGUACAAAGACGAAGUGGAGAAGAAGACACCAAUGGGACGUGCUGGUAAACCAAAUGAAGUAUCAUCGCUUGUGGCAUUUCUUUGUUUUCCGGCAGCUUCUUAUAUAACUGGCCAAACAAUCUGCGUUGACGGAGGUGCCACGGUCAAUGGCUUCUCUUUCAAGCCUCCGAUUUAACUGGCGUACGUUGAUUGUUUGUUUUGGUUUGUGUCUAUGUUUAUUUGUUUACUGUGUAUUUAUUUUCAAAUAAACUCGCAAUCUCUAGCGUCUUAAGAACACCUGUUUUAUUGUUGAAUAAAAAUGAAAGGAGAGCAAUCUAUGCCGGUUGCUUCGCUAUAUCAACUAUAGUUGAAUAAUAUGAAUGUGUUUUAUGUCAAAACAAAACUAAAGAAAGGAGAGCCAUCG